AUGUCGCUUGAGAACCAAGUGAAUCACUACUCUGCUACAGGAAGCGGCUUGGCUGUCCACAAUCAGGCACCUUUUCCAUUUGGGCAACACUUGUUGGCCAUCGCCGGUGGAGGCCCUGCCGCCAUUUCCACAGCCCUAGCAUUCAUCCAACGGGGCUACGACGUCCGGGUCUUCGAACGACAAUCCGAAUGCAAACCAAUCGGAGGCGCAGUCCUCCUCAACAUCCCCGUGAUGGCAAUCCUACGAUCAUACGGCAUGGAAAUGCAGCACAUGGGCUCCUACACGGUGACCUCGUUCCAGAACAAAAGUGGCGUCGAGCGCGUCGAGCUUGCCUUCAACAAAGAGGUCGAGCGAUGUAUGGGAAUCAAGGGCUGGCAAUACGGCGUUCUCCGCUCGUCUGUGUUCAAGAAAAUGCUCGACCUUCUCCCGCCAGGCGUCAUCAACACUGACCACCAAUUCACCUCGUAUUCCGAGCUCCCAGACCAAGAGGGGAUUGAAGUGCGGUUCUUCAAUGGGGAAACGGUCACAGCUGAUAUCCUGAUCGGCGCCGAUGGGAUACGAUCAGGCGUUUCACGACAAGCCUUCGGCGACCCGAAACUUUUCCACGCCGGAGUGCGUGUCUGGCUCGCCUGGUGCGAUCACAUCCCCGACAUCCCGGAGAACUACGGCGUCAUCUCCCAUGACUGGCAGUACCAAGCUAGUUAUUUUCCCAUGCUCCAUGAAGGCAAGCCCGGGUUCGAAUGGUGGAUUGUGGAAGCCUCGUGGGAAGACAAGCCCGUCCCGGAAGACCCUCGAGCGUAUCUAUCCAAUAUCCUCAAGGACUGGACACAACCGCUCCCUCGGCUCCUAGAAGCCACGAACUUCGACACGCAGGUGUACAGAUGGGAGAUAUUCAACCGGCCAUCCAUGAAGAAGUGGUCCACAGGGCGGGUUAUGUGCAUUGGUGACGCUAUCCACCCUGUAUCACCGUACGCUGCGUACGGGUUAGGCAUGGCGAUUGAAGAUGGGUAUUUUCUGGCGCGAGCCCUGGACGGCGUGGAUCUGCGUGAUGGAGCCGCGGUGAAUGCGGGGUUUGAGAUCUUCGAGAAGCAGCGCGUGGGUUAUGUGAAUCAUAAUAUGGAGUUUGCGCGGUUUAGUGGGAAGAUGUUUCAUUGGUUGCCAUGGCCACUGGCGAAGCUGAGGGAUUGGAUCUUUGAUUAUACGCCGAUAUUGGGGAAUCUUCUUAAGAAGGAUUAUUUGAAACGGGCUGAGGAGCAGACGAUGAGUAUGAAAGAGCUUCAUGUUGUUUAA